CCUUCGUUCUAUCACGCUUCAGUUCCUCGCCUUUGACUUCGCUCAUUGUCUUAUUGACAUUCGUUCCUCGCCAGCCGAGCCAUUCGUUCUUUUGACGAACAGGCAUUCAGACUCUUCUCAACCCCAAACCUUUCAUCAGAAUUAUUCUUGUACUUCAACAAACUCAAUCUCAUCCUCAAAAUGAAGUUCUCCCUUGCCGCCGUCGUCGCAACUGCCGCCCUCGUGGCAGACUCCGUCUCCGCUCACUACUUCUUCGAGAAGAUGGUCGUCAACGGCGUCGCCUCGGCUGACUACAUGCGCGCCAGCACCCAAGGCUACCAGCCCCAGGCCAACACAAUCAUGACCAGCAACACCUUCCGCUGCAACACGGGCGCCCAGGCCGCCAAGCAGAGCGCCACUGUCGCCGCAGGCUCCUCGGUCGGGUUCCAGAUGAACGCCGGCGCAAAGAUCCAGCACCCCGGCCCCCUCCAGGUCUGGAUGAGCAAGGCCACGAGCGACCUCUCGAGCUACGACGGCUCCGGCGCCUGGUUCAAGGUGUACGAGUCUGGCCCAACCAAGUUCCCUCUUACCGGCGCUGCUUCUGAGUGGGGCGUGUACAACAAGAAUGUCAUCACCUUCACUAUCCCUAAGGAUCUUGCUGCUGGUGACUAUUUGGUCCGCCCUGAGCAUCUUGCUCUUCACAAGCCCUCUGGUACCGAGUUCUACUUCAACUGCGGCCAAAUCAAGGUUACUGGCUCUGGCACCAAGACUCCCACUGCUACCGCCAAGUUUCCUGGUGUCUACGACUCCAAUACUGCCGGUCUUUCGCCCAAAUUCUCGCUUUACCAAAACGCCAAGUCCUACCCCAUGCCUGGCACUACUCUAGUCACCCGCGAGCUUUCCCUCCCCAUGAGCCGCAUCACCCGCGGUAUGCGCUCUGCCGAAGUCCAGCAGGAGUAA